AUGUCCAUCGACCGGCUCCUGACGACGCUCCUGCAGCUCUACCAGGACGUGCACGACGAUGCCCGCACCGAGUACAUCUACUCGACCACCACCACGCUGCUGACGACCCUCUCCAACCCCCUGAACCUCUCGCUGCUCACGUCGCAGCUGCUCGUCGCGCCCGCAAUAUGGGGCCGCGGGCCGGGCAAUGGCAUGCGCGCCUGCUAUCGUGUCAUUAGCAUCUUCAACACGGCCGCCAUCCACGUCCGCAAAAACGAACUAAAAAAUGCAAAGCCCAAGCUCCCUUCCACACUGCCCACCCCGCCCGUGGGCAGCGGUAUGCGCAGCGAUGUGUGGGCUGCAGCUGCCGUCAAGGGCGCCGACGACCUCUCUAACAGGUGGCAGCAUCUCCUGGUCCUCGCCGGCCUCCUGAUGGGCUUUGAGGGCGGCGACCGCCAGUCGCUGAGCAGGUCAAUGCGCAACAAGCUUGAGCAGGCCGUCGUCAUGGCUACGAAUCUCGCCCUCCAAGCCAGAGACCCCGAGCCGCGCGCCCCCGCCGGGCCCCUCUUGCUGGCCCUCAACUUUGCCUUCCCCCUGCUGUCCGAAUCACACCGUCGCGCACUCGACUGCGAUGCCCUUGUCCCCGCUGCCACGCAGGCAAUGCUUGCUGCAGAUGGCCUCCAGGACGCCCUCUUCCUUGGAGCCAUCGAUCUCGACGUGCGGCAAACCGGCCAACAGUUUGUCUGGUCAGCCACGUCACCUUCCUUUCUUCUUCUGCGCCAGCUUGAACAGAAGCCCCUGGUAUCCGGCCUCGGCCCCUUGUCGAGGUUACUGGCAUACGCAAUUGAGCAUGCGAGGGACUCUGAAGUCGUGCUGCGGACCCAGAACGAUUUGAUGCUCUUCACAGAGAAACUACACCAACAAUGGCAGACCAACAAACUCUCCGAAAUAGAGCCCUCGGAAGAGGCCGUCUUUCUGACUACCGAGACGAUGCGGAGCACGUGGCCAGCUCUAUGGCAGCUCCUAAAGAAGAUUAUGUACGGCGUCGUGGCUGUCUUGCACGCCGCCGUUGCACGAAGCCUUCUCGAUCCCCGCCUGAGGAACGACGCAGCUGCCCCGAUGGUGGCCACAAAGACGCUCAGUGUCUUGAGGAACCUGUACUUCAUCUCGUCUCGGAAUGGAAGCGAUGCUUUCCAGGUUUACACAUUCACAUAUCUCGCGUCCAUCGACAGUCUGGCGCGCUAUCCCGAUGCCGCCGUCUCUUUUCUGCAAAACAUCAAACCGGCCGACUUGGGGUCUAUACCGCCACAUCCGCUUCUUAGGACCUUGGACUUGUUCUACCUGAACCUUGCCGAACACUUGCCCCUCAACUUACCUGUCAAGGCAUGUGAUGCCCUGAUCGUGCAGCCGGCCGUCACGUACUUGACGAAUGCGGCUCCGCUCUCGCCUCGCAUGGUGGAGUUAUUUGAGGCGGCACACAGCGCUGUACUGUCGGCGCUCUCUUGCCCUCACAAUGCUCCCAUCGCCGUUGAGCUGGUGCCUUUCUAUGCCGAGACCCUCAGUUCCUCGUUUCCGUCGUAUAUAUCCCCUCGCCAGUUCCGCUUGGCCUUCAAAACCAUGAUGCAGAUCCUGUCACCGCCGUUUCCCAUAUCGGAAAGUCAUCCACAGCUUGCAGAGGCCCUUUUGGAGAUGAUUCGAUUUCGCUCAACCAUUGCAAGUGGGUUGCCGCUGCCACCGGCCCAGGACGCACAGUCGCAGUCGGUCACACAAGAGCCCACGUCGGAGCAGAGCACAUUGGUCCUUACGCUGAUUGACUCAUUGCCGUUCCUCCAUCUCACUAUCUUUGAGGACUGGAUGACGCUGGCCGCGCUAGCCUUGGACGGAAUUGAGGACUCGGCAAUAAGAGACGUCGCCAAAAGGAGAUUCUGGCAGAUACUAGUCAGCGGAGAAAUGGACGUUGAAAGGGCGGCGAUCGGGGUGGCAUGGUGGGGCACCAAGGGUGGGAGAGAGGCGGUCCUGUACAGUGCUCGUGGGCUGGCCCCCCCUGAGAAAUCCAUGAUGAGCGGAGCAAUCGCCAACGAUCGCGGGGAGAGCAGCAGGCUCUGA